GGCAGAAUGGCGCUGUUGGCUACGAUAUUGGCGCUCCGCAGAGAUGCCCGCAUCCUCAAGCUACCGCCCUACCUGUCCGCGCUCUGCAUCAUUGUCGGCGUAGCAUGGCUGCUCGUCCUGCCGCUCAACGAAUACUCGCGCAAUACAUAUGUCUCUGAAAAUGCGCUACUACCGGGACAGGUGCACACGUAUUUUACGGGGAGCGAGCAUAAUAUCUUCAGGGCUUAUAGACAUGAGGUGGCUUUGUUGGUGGAUAGCUCCGUGGAAGAGAGGACCCAGAAGCUAGGUGAUCUCUUGCGGGCAAGUAACCUCAAGGUAGCGACUCAGAAUUACGAAUACCACGCCGCAGGCCGCAACAUCUCCAACAAAAAUGUCUACGCGAUCCUCCAAGGCCCCCGCGCCGACGCUACCGAAGCUGUCGUCCUCGUCGCAGCAUGGAAGAACAUGGACGGCGAAGUCAACUACUCCGGCGUCGCCUUAGUCCUCGCCCUCGCCCGCUACUUCAAGCGCUGGAGUCUCUGGAGCAAGGACAUCAUAUUCCUCAUCUCAGGCGAUAGCACGAGCGGACCGCAGGCUUGGGUCGAUGCAUACCAUGAUCAGCAUGACCCAAGACAUGUGGAGAAUCUGAAAAUCAAGAGCGGAGCGCUGCAGGGCGCGGUGGCCGUGGAUUACCCUGCUGGUCCUUGGGGUCAUCGGUAUGACAAGUUGCAUAUUGUGUACGAUGGGGUCAAUGGGCAGCUUCCUAACCUCGACCUCUUCAACACCGCCGUGUCGAUAGCGUCAGGCCAGAUGGGUAUUGGAUGCACACUCCAGCGCAUGUGGAAGCACGACGACAGCUACCAGGAGCGACUACGAACCAUGCUCCGAGGCAUGCUCUCCCAGGGCCUAGGCCACGCCACCGGACCGCAUAGCGCCUUCAUUCCUUACCACGUCGACGCUAUCACGCUGGUCACGGUGGGCGAUGGAUGGCACGAUGAGAUGAGCCUGGGACGCACCGUGGAGAGCCUAUUUAGGAGUUUGAAUAAUCUGCUCGAGCACCUGCAUCAGAGUUUCUUCUUCUACCUGCUGCUGCAGGCGAACCGCUUCGUCAGUAUUGGGACGUAUCUCCCUAGCGCCAUGCUGAUAGCGGCGAACUUCAGCAUUACAGCUAUUGCACUGUGGGUGCAAAGUGGACGACCAGCCACGCCUUCUGCGAAUCCGAUAGCCACCGAACCAUCGUCUUCGGCCUCAAAAUCCGAGAAAAAUAAGGGGAAGGAAGCGGAAAAGUCGAAAGACGAAAAGAAGCCUUCGAUGACGGUCGCCGAAAAAGACGGUGCAAUAGCCUUGUUCCCAACAAAGGACUUAGAAAUCACCGAACGCGCCCUCUUCCUCCCCCUAAUCUUCGUGCUUACAACACACUUCCUGGGCCUCCUCCCACUCUACGUCUUCAACAACACUCCCGAACCCUACCUCGCCCAUACAUUCCUCGCAGUCUCCAACAUCACCUCUGUCCUCCCUCUUGGCGCCGCGUACCUCCUGCGCCAGUUCAAACGCCCCACGGCUCAGGAAAUGACGCUUAUACAGUGCUUCAGUGUAUUGUUUUUGGGCAUGUUUCUGUCUGCGCUGGCGACGCUCAACUUCUCCCUAGCCUUUAUUAUUGGCAUCUUAUCCUGCCCUUUGUCUUUCGUGCGGACGUCGAAGAAUAAGAUUCUCGGCACGGUUAUGUACGCUGUCCUAGCGUUGCUAAACCCGGUCAUGGUCAUCCAAGCUGCGACGUGGUUCUUUGGACACGGCGUGGUGGAGAUCCUGGUCAAAGCGGCGGAGGGAUGGCAUGUCUGGGGCCUAUGGACGCAAGUUGUGGUCUGGCUUGUUUGGUGGCCAGCGUGGUUUGCCGGCAGCGUGGUCGUUGCCGGUGGGCUCUUUGCAUGACCAUGUGCCUGGAUGAAAGCUAUAGAUUGGGCUUCGCGAAGUUGUAUUGUAUGACACCUCGUAGAGCUUUAUGAGCAUUGAAGACAUCGAGGCUACCAGAAUACAGAAAGGUGCCCAUUUUGACUUCUUAUGGGACUCUGAAGCGUUACAGGAGCAUAGCUCUCCUAGCUAUAUUUAAAGUUGAUAGGGUCUUGAAUCCCUGCAAAGGCACGCGUCUCUCUUCGCAGACCAGGG